CGAAACGUUUCGUUUGCAGCUUUGUUUUCCUCAAACAAAUAAAAAAUAUCUUCACCUGCAAACCUUUGGACCAUCCUGCGCUAAUGUAACCAGAACAAACCCUUCUCUCAUUCCUUAUCCUCUCUCCACCUCUCUAUAUCUCUCUCUUCCCCUCCUCUCUCUACCUCCCUCCAACCAUGUCUUCUGCAACCGCCGCUUUUUUGAAGCCAAUAUCAAUAGCCGAAAGUUGUCUACCUUCUGUGCCAGCCCUCUUCGCCCCCAAAAACCAAUACCCAAUUCUUUCACUUCCCUCAAAACCCACCAAGCUCUCAGCCGUCUCAUGCUCAUUUACGCCUUCUCUCCCUUCAUGGGUCUCUCUGAAGCACAAGUCUUUACCUAUGCAUGUGGCUCAGACCUCGGACUGGGCUCAAGAAGAAGUAAAAGAAGAGGGUUCGGGUUUUGAGAGUGAAGGGGUCGAGGAAACAGAGGAGGGGGUAGAGGCAAGUGCUUUAUCUGAUGGGGAAGAGAGUUCUGGAGACGGAGUUUUAGCGGUUGGUGAAGAAGAAUACUAUCCCGAACCACCCGAAGAGGCCAAGCUCUAUGUGGGUAAUUUGCCUUACGAUGUUGAUAGUGAGAAACUUGCUCAUAUCUUCAACGAGGCUGGUGUUGUUGAGAUUGCUGAGGUGAUCUACAAUAGGGAAACAGAUCAGAGUAGAGGUUUUGGGUUUGUGACUAUGAGUACUGUUGAAGAAGCUGAGAAGGCUGUACAGUUGUUCCACCGUUAUGAUAUAGGUGGAAGACUUUUGACUGUAAACAAGGCUGCUCCUAGAGGGUCACGUCCUGAAAGACCUCCUCGAGUGAAUGAACCUUCUUUCAGAAUCUAUGUUGGUAACCUGCCAUGGCAAGUUGAUGAUUCUCGUUUGGAGCAGGUUUUCAGUGAACAUGGAAAGGUGGUCAGUGCCAGGGUAGUAUAUGACCGGGAAACAGGGCGCUCACGCGGGUUUGGUUUUGUUACGUUUUCUAGUGAGACAGAAGUGGAUGAUGCCAUUGGUGCUCUUGAUGGACAGAGUUUGGAUGGCAGAUCAAUCCGAGUAAAUGUUGCUGAAGAGCGACCAAGGCGUGGCUCAUUUUCUACUUAAGAAGAUAAUUAUUCAAUAUUUUAUAUGAGCAGAUUGGUGCUUAGCUUUUGGAGAGGGUCCUAGCAUUCUUCAACUUUUGCCCCAAUCUUCUUAUAUUUCCUUUCUUCGACGAGAUAUUUUCUUUUAGGGAUUUGAAGUUUUUACAGAUAGGUUAUUAUUCUACCUUGUGUAUCUUCUAGCAUGUUGACAACAGUAUGUCCUGUAUCAUCUUUGUUACUUUGUAUCAAUCCAAUGCAAUUCUCCUUCUCAUCUGAUUA